AUGUCCUCCGGCCAACCUCUCCCCUCCUCCUUCGAUGGCAACUCAGACUUCUACGAAGAAUCCCGAUGGCAAAAACUCCGCCGCCGCAUAAUCGAAGAACCCCUCAUCCCGCUCGGCUGCGCGCUCACAGUAUGGGCCCUCUUCGGGGCCUCGACCGCGAUCCGAGCCGGGAACUCCAACCGCGCAAACACCAUGUUCCGACGGCGCAUCUACGCGCAAGGCUUCACUUUGAUCGCCAUGCUGGCCGGAAGCGUGUACUGGAGCAAAGACCGGGGCAAGCGGAAGGAGUUCGAGGGGGUUGUGGCGGAACGAAAGAGACAGGACAAACAUCAGGCGUGGCUUAGGGAAUUGGAGGCGAGAGAUGUGGAGGAGAAGAUGUUUAGGGCGCGCCUUGAGAGGGCGAGGGAGAGGCAUCGGCAGGGGGAUUUUUCGGAGGAAAGGGAGGAUGUGACGGGGGAGGAGCGAGGCGGGUCGGAGGGCCCGGAGACGUCGGUGGGGAGAGUGGUCGAGGAGGCGAAGGAGAAGGGGCAGGGGGUUUUGAGGACGGUUAGGGAGUCGAUUGGGAAGACAUGA